CUAUAUAUGAUGUACUUGAUAUUACUUUGAUUUGGUCGGCAAGAUGGAGAACAGCGUGUUUCUGCCUUUUGAAUUGAUCAUCGAAAUUCUGUCGAGGUUACCGGUGAAGCCUCUAUUGCGUUUCAGGUGUGUCUGCAAAUCAUGGCUUUCUCUAAUUUCUAGUAAUAAUUUUGCUACUUCACAUUUUGAACAUGCUGCCACACACAGACGUCUCUUCAUAAAACGUUCUGCUCUUCAACCUUUAUCUAUAGAUCUUGAUUCAUCGCUCCACGAUGCUUCUGCAUCUGCUUCAUUAAGCCUUGAUUUUAUUUGUUCCCAACGUUGUAUUGAAAUUAGAGGUUGUUUUAGAGGGUUUCUGUAUUUCAACAAUGACACACACAUCUAUCUAUUGAAUCCAUCCACCGGUGUGUUCAAACAAAUACCCGACUCUCCUAUAUUACUUAAUGAUGGUUUCGAACUUCUUUCUGGUUUUGUAUAUUACCAGCCAAUUGAUGAUUACUUGAUAGUUUCCGGGUUCUGCGAAUAUGACACGCCGGUAACUAGUCCAAUGAAAUUGAUGAUUUUCUCAUUGAGAGCUGAUAAGUGGAAACCAAUUGAGGUUGCUUCUCAUUUGCCUUAUAGGGAGACUUCUGUAGCAGAAUGUACCCCUAAAUCCGGGUUGUUCUUGAAUGGAUCUCUCCAUUGGAUGGUUCAUAAUUAUGAGAAAUCAAAGAAUGUUAUUAUUGCCUUUGAUUUAAAGGAAAUGACGAUAUCAGAGAUAGCUCUGCCAGAUGAUUUUAUUUUCAGUUAUAGUAAUAAUUAUUCUAUAUAUUAUGCUUUGUUGGAAGUUGGAGGACUUAUCGGUGCAUGGGUGAAGGACCUGAAUACAGUGAAGAUAUGGGUGAUGCAAAAAUAUGGAAUUCACUCAUCUUGGACUAAGAUUAUUCAAUUUUCUCUUGAUCCUGUUUUUCACGAUAGUUUAGAGAUAGUAUGCUUAACAAAGUGCGGUAAUAUUGUUGGAACAAAUAAUAAAAUUGGAUUGGUGAAGUUGAAUGAUAAAGGACAGCUACUAGAGUCUCUGCUUUUAGACGCAUUCGCCGUAUAUACAGAGUCUCUGUUUUCACUCCCCAGCACCGGUCAAACUUAAUAAGAUUACUAUAGAUAACAAUAACAAUUUUCUUUUAUAUUUAUCUUGUAUUAUGGUAAAAUUCUGUUAGAAGUGAUAGGCAGAGCAUAAUAAUGAAACUGCUAUUAGACAGAACAGAAUUUCAUCAUCUUUAUCUUAUUUUAUCAUUAUGUUUUAAAUUUUACAUAAUUUGAUGUGUUAUUGUCAUGUCACCAUUAGCUAUUUGUAUUCUUUCAUUAUUUUACUCUUUUUUUUUCUUGACAUCUUGAUACCGAAUUUAUUGAAUUGCUAGGAUGAGUUUUUAUGACGUCUAUUUUUCAGUUUAGAAAAUCAGUUGACAAUUAGUUUUUAAGCUCACAAAAUCACAAGCUAAAAGUGAUUUGCUUUAUUUAUGAAUUUGCACAAUAUAGACUUUUGUUAUUGAUUUUGGAUUUAUUGAUCUGCACAGCUAUAUGUUUUUGUUGUUGUGUAAACCACUGACAUGUCU